GGCGGCCGGCCGGUGGUCACUCCCCGAGGGAGGGGGCGGCCAGCUGGUGGUCACUUUCCAGGGGAGGGGUCCUUCCAGGAGAGGGGCCGCCAGCAGGCCGGUCUCUCGCGGGCAUGAGGGUCCGCGCGGGGAUGCAGCGCCGCCCGGCUGUCCGCGCGGGAGGCCUAAAGCAGGGAUGAGCGCUGGGAGGACGAGCGGAUGCGAGGCGUGGCCUGCGAAGGGCUCCGGGGAGGUGACGCUUGGGCUAAAACCUGAGUGACAUCCAGGUGUGAGCCGCACAAGUUCUGGGAGCGAGCGCGCGGGGAAGAGGAAACCGCAGCAAAGGCCCCGAGGGCAGGAACGAGCCCUUGGGGUCCAGGGCAGCGAGGACUGCGGAGCGGAGGGGCUUGGGGCAGCUGUCCACGAGCAGAGCCGCAGAGUCCAGGAAGGACUUGGGGUGUCCUGGAGGUUUGAGAGGGGAGUGACGUCAUUUAAUUAUAUUACAAAUUACUACUUUACAUUUUAAAGGAAUCCUUCUGGCUGCUUUGUAGGGAGUAGGGGUUGCAGGAAGCAGGGAAGCCAGUUGGGAAUGUUUUGUCACAAUCGAGGAGGGAGAGGCGGUGUGGACCGCAGUGGUGGCAGGGGUGGCGGGAGAAGGGUUUGUACUGAGAAUAAACCGGGCAGUUGCUGAUGCGUCCUCCGAGUAGGGGAGAGGUAGGGUUAAGAAGGAUGCCCCGAGGCUGCUGGCCUGAGCACCUGGCAGAGUGGGGGUGAAGACCGGGGCGGGGGGGGCACUCCAGCCCACAGAGCUGUUCCAGCCUGCUGGGACCUUCCCUUGGGCGGGGGAAAUGCAUCUUUGUUUGUUUGUUUGUGAGUCUUCACCCUCAACCCAGGAAUUUGUUAAAUACUUUCUGGGUAGGAGGGGUAAUCCUCUCUACCUGAGUAUGAGGAACGGGUGUGUGUCUUUAAAAUGUGGGUCCAGACCUAAAUCUGCCAUGUCUUUCAUUAGGUCUCAUUUGCUUGGAACUGAGAAAAGGGAGCUGGGAAAAUGUACCGAGUGGAGAAGAGAUUCGUGAUGCCUUUUUCUUUUUGGUUAUGAACCUAAUAAAGUUUAGCUUUCCCGUGCAAUAUUGAUAGCACUUUAAAGAAGUAACAAAUAAUGGGGCAGAGAAAUCUCUGAAGUGUUCUGAAAUUCAAGCUUUGAAUUAACUCAGCCAAGCAGGAGAUUGAAGAGCUGUGGUCACUAGUGGUUUGAGUCAUUUUGGAAUACUUACCAUUGGAAGUGAGAGCGGAGUUAGGGGCACAUGCAGAUUUAAGACUCAACAGGACCCAGGGAUUCCUAAUACCCGGGUGGCCAAGGAUGGCUGCUCAGACUUCCCAAGCCCCAAAGCCUUGUGCUUGGGCAUCUUAGAGACAAGAUGCUGCAUUAAAACACUCCAUGGGGGGGACUUCCCUGGUGGUCCAGUGGUUAAGAGUCCUCACUUCCAUUGCAGGGGCCAUGGGUUUGAUCCCUGGUCGGGGAACUAAGAUCCCACAUGCUGCAAGGCGCGGCCAAAAAAAAAACACUCCAUGGGUUAAAGAACCUGUGUUUUAACAGCCACCAUUGGUAAUUGUGUUUGAAUUUUCAUGUGGAUUGGUUUAAAUGCUAUUGCUGAUUUUAAAGUCAGGUAAAAUAAUUAAUGGUAUCUGGCAGGAUUGCCUACUAUUACAUAUUCCUGAAAGUUUUUGGUACUGGUAAAAAGAUAUACGGGUAAGUUUCACUUAGGGAUCUUUCAGGGGCUGUGCGCUUUCUGUGACAUUUGUCACCUUAUAAAUCAAGCCCCUACUCUGCGCCGGCCGUUGUGCUCAGUGUUGGCGACAGAGCUGGGAGGAAAACGGGAGCUUGUGGAGCUGCUGUUCUGUUACUUUCUGUUGAGAUAGAGAAUAAACAAGGAGCAAGUCUAGUGUGUUAGAUGAUGGGGUGCCUUGGAGAAACGGGGUGCCAGGGGGCACAGCCCUGGGGAGGAGGGCAUGGGUGGCUGCAAUUUUAUUUAGAGCCCAGUUUGCCUCACAAGAAGGUCAAGUUGGAGCAAAGACCUAAAAAGUAAGGUGGGGUGUCAGUGUGGUCAUUCUAGGCAAAGAAAACGGAAAGUGCAAAGGGAGGAGAAGCCUGCACAUGCCCCCCACCCCGCAGAGGAGACUGCAUCUCAGGGGAGGCAGAGGGGAGAGAGAGGGGAGCAGUGGGCGCCUAGAUCACCCGAGCCUCACGCCAUCGCAGGCACUGCAGGGAAAUAAAGGAAGACUACUGGUGAAGUGGUGAAGUUGAAAAACCAGGGAAAAAGCCCUGAGGAAUGUGCGGCUCCCUGGGACUGCAAGGUUCCCCUGCUUCCCUCAGGAGGAAGGUUGGAGUCAGCAGGAAAGUGUAUAUGGACUAUAAUGCAACCACCCCCCUGGAGCCGGAAGUCAUCCAGGCCAUGACUGAAGCCAUGCAGGAAGCCUGGGGAAAUCCCAGCAGCCCUUACGCGGCAGGUAGGAAGGCCAAGGAGAUUAUCAACGCAGCUCGGGAAAACCUUGCCAAGAUGAUGGGUGGGAGGCCUCAAGAUAUGAUCUUCACUUCCGGGGGCACAGAGUCAAAUAAUUUAGUAAUCCAUUCUGUGGUGAAACAUUUCCACAAAAUCCAUGCCGCAGUGGGGGACACGGCCGAGCGUCCCAGCCCAGUGGAGGGGGCCCUGCCUCACAUCAUCACCUGCACUGUGGAACACGACUCCAUCCGCCUGCCCCUGGAGCACCUGGUGGAAGAACAAGUGGCCGAGGUCACCUUUGUCCCCGUGUCCAAGGUGAAUGGGCAGGUGGAGGCUGAGGACAUCCUGGCGGCCGUCCGCCCGGCCACGUGCCUCGUGACCAUCAUGCUGGCCAAUAACGAGACAGGCGUCAUCAUGCCGGUGCCUGAGAUUAGCCGGCGAGUCCGAGCCCUGAACCAGCAGCGGGCGGCGGGCGGGCUGCCGGGGGUGCUCGUGCACACGGACGCCGCCCAGGCCUUGGGGAAGCGGCGCGUGGACGUGCGGGACCUGGGCGUGGACUUUCUGACCGUCGUGGGCCACAAGUUUUAUGGCCCCAGGAUUGGAGCACUUUAUGUCCGAGGGCUUGGUGAACUCACCCCUCUGUACCCUAUGCUGUUUGGAGGUGGACAAGAACGGAAUUUCAGGCCAGGGACAGAGAACACCCCGAUGAUUGCCGGCCUUGGGAAGGCGGCUGAGCUGGUGGCAGAGAAGUGCGAAUCCUAUGAAGCCCACAUGCAGGCUGUGCGCAACUACCUGGAGGAGAGGCUGGUGGCUGAGUUUGGUGAGCGAGUCCAUCUGAACAGCCAGUUUCCAGGCACUGAGCGACUCCCCAACACCUGUAACUUCUCCAUCCAGGGACCCCGGCUGCAAGGCCGCUUGGUGCUGGCCCAGUGCAGGACGCUGCUGGCCAGCCUGGGGGCUGCGUGCCACUCGGACCAUGGAGACCGGCCAUCCCCAGUGCUGCUGAGCUGCGGUGUCCCCUUGGACCUGGCCAGGAACGCCAUCCGGCUCAGCGUGGGCCGCGGCACCACCCGGGCCGAAGUGGACCUCGUCGUGCAGGACCUGAAGCAGGCGGUGGCCCGGCUGGAGGGCCAGGCCUAGUGCCCAGGGCGGUGCCAGAAGGAGUCUUCCUCUUGUCCCAGAGCGUGUGGGCUCCGGGCUCCUUCCCGUCCCGUGGUCAGUGAGGAAGCGGGUCUGCUGGGCCCACAGACGCCACCGGUGCUGAGGGGCCCAGGACAAGAUGCCCUCGUGGACCGUCCCUGUCACUGCUGCCCAGUGGCACCAUUGGAUUAGAAACUCUUUAGCCGCGUCCACCCUCCCCUCUGGGAAGCGGGGCGGGCUUGUUGUAAGCACGCCCUUCCUGGAAGGUGGCAUUUUUAUCCGAAAGGUAAAAUGCUAGUAUUUAUAAUUGAUUGUCAGCUGCUCUCAUGGAAAUAGGAGACCUGGUUUUUGGCUGCUGUCCUGGCCUCUGUGCACCUUUUGGCUGAGAGGUCGGUCCCUCCUCACCCUCAUGGCCCUUCUCAAGCCCUUUCCAGAGGGUGGGGGCCCCUGUGGUCAGGCCCCUCCCCGCUGGGCGUCCCCCCGCUUCCGGGCCCGCCCAUCCUCCUGAUCACUUGCUGGUCACUCGGGCCAUCGACCACUGGGCGCCCUCUCUCCCAGUCCGCAGGCCCCUCCCGUCCCUUCCAUUCGAUCAUUUGCUCAGGGUUUCAGCUCAGCCGUCAGAGUCACGGGCGGCAGCGCCUGCGUGAUGCUGGCUCAUUCCCAAGGCGGAAAAUCGUUCAUCCCUCGCUCAGCUCCCAUCUCAGUUGUAUUUGCGGGAGGAUUCUUUGAUCUUCACAGUGGCAUUGUGGUGUCUGAUUCACAUCAAAUGUCAUGUCUAUGGAGACAUUUACAUAGGAGUGGGUUUUUUUAAUUGAAUAACACUUGUAAUGUGCGGUUGAAAGGUGCAAGGAACUUCGUGAUGGCUCUGAGGAAACAACCGUCAGAAAUUAGAUGAACUAAUAAAAGCUUCCAGUGCUU